AUGAGCAAGGAUGUAGAACGCCCAGCAAAGAGGCAGCGUUUCUUCACCGAUGCAUCCUCGCCUUUACCCAAUAAAGACGCGUCUCUGCCUUGCCCAGAACACGAAUAUCACACGGAUGGCGCACUCGACAUUCCGUCACUCGACCGUAUCCCGGACAGCUCUCCUAGCUUGGAAAACGAAACAGAUCAGCAGCAUACACAGCCUCGAAAGUCAGCAAGCACGAGCGCACUUCUUGGGAAACCUGCGUUCACUCCCUCUCCACGUCAGAAUGGGGUAGACCAACAAAUCGAGGAGGAAGCGGCCAUCAAUACCAACACAGCAAGCACAAUCCCAGAUGGCUUCGAUGUGGACCUUUUCACCAGUAUAGUGGGAGAGCAACUACCAGCCGAUUCAAUCAGAACAAUUCAAUCAGCUGCUUCCAAUAAUAUCGAGCGGGCUGUGAACAUAUACUUUGAUGGAUCAUGGAAGAAGCCUGUGCGGAUAAAUGCCAGUGUGCAGGCCAGAAGCGGGAAUUCCGCUCUUCAGGUACAGCCUAGCCGUGGAACGCCAGUUGAAAGUGAGUCGGUACUGCGACAUCAACCAUCGGCCAGGUAUGUUGGCGCAUUUGGUGUAGGUGGGUGGGCAACGAGAAGUGGCUUCGGAUUCCUCAAGCAUGGAGACCCCGUCAUCAUUGAACGCGCAAGGUCACAGCCAACCCUGAAACGUGGCCGAGGAGGCAAAGCAUUUGUGAACCACAAAAGUGAUAUUCUGACUCGGUUCACGAACGCUUCUGGGCAAGAAAUCGGAAGGCUGCCACAUGAGACCGCUGAAUGGGUUUCUCCACUGAUUGAUCAGAAGAUCUGUCGGUUCGAAGGUGUCUGUGUGUUCGUACCUGACAGGGUGCGAGUCAACGAUACCAUAUAUCUACAACUCCGAGUCUACUUGCGAAAGGAAGCCUUCCAAAGCGGGGCACUCGCUGCUUUGAACAUUAAUGACAACAGGUCCACUGGACUGUUUGAAGAGAAAGAAAGCACCGAGGAGAAGAACCUGCGCCUCCGCCAAGUCGGUCUAGUAAAAUUAUUUGACGAAAUCAAUCUUCAUCCUACCUCGACCAACCCAACUACAGAAAAGCACAAAAGAAAUGGCAUUCUACGUGCCGCUGAAAUUGCAGAGCAGUAUGACAGCACGAAAAAGGAGAAAGACAAAUCUAAAUCAAACAAGGAUCCCAACGACUCAUCAGGCGAGGACGACAGCGAAGAACUGGAAGAAGAUCAGCUUGAUACACUAUAUCGAAAAGCUCAAUCAUUUGAUUUCAACAUGCCAGCGGCAGAUCCACCACCUAGCUUCACACUUGAUCUGCGCAAGUACCAGCAGCAAGCUCUUCAUUGGAUGCUGUCAAAAGAGAAAGACUCGAAGCAAAUCCGGGAGAAGUCAAUGCAUCCACUCUGGGAGGAGUACACUUGGCCCAGAAAGGAUGUCGAUGACAAGGAUUUACCACCGGUUGAAAAUAUUGACCAUUUCUACGUCAAUCCAUAUUCGGGAGACCUCACUGUUGACUUUCCUGCUCAAGAGCAACACUGCCGGGGUGGGAUCCUGGCCGAUGAAAUGGGUCUGGGAAAAACUAUUGAGAUGCUCAGUCUGGUACAUUCACACAGAGUCGAGCCUGAUGCACAGGCUUCGAAUGACCUCAGCUCAGUCAACGAUCUUACUAGGAUGCCGAGCUCUUCCGGAGUGGUGCCUGCGCCGUAUACCACUCUAGUCGUUGCACCGACAUCGUUAAUCUCUCAAUGGGAAAGCGAGGCACUCAAAGCCGGGACGUUAAGGGUUCUUGUUUAUUAUGGGUCGGACAAGGCUGUCAACCUAAGAGAGUUAUGCUGCGAAUCCAGGUAUGCAACAGCCCCACAGGUGAUUGUCACCAGUUAUGGUGUGGUAUUGUCGGAAUUCCGCCAGCAUGCUCUCCAGUCUGCUCUGGGACCUAAUACAAGUGGAGGUCUAUUCUCUGUGGAAUUCUUCCGAGUAAUCCUUGAUGAGGCUCAUGUGAUCAAGAACCGCAGGUCUAAGUCUGCUAAAGCGUGCUACGAGUUGAAAGCAGCCCAUCGGUGGGCACUGACUGGAACGCCUAUUGUCAAUCGGCUUGAGGAUCUCUUCAGUCUGGUGCGUUUCCUAAAGGUUGAGCCAUGGAGCAAUUUCUCCUUCUGGAAGACGUUCAUCACUGUGCCCUUUGAAUCCAAAGAAUAUGUGCGCGCACUGAACGUCGUGCAAAGUGUACUGGAACCUCUUGUUCUUCGGCGGACUAAAUCGAUGAAAACUCCAGAGGGCGAGCCAUUGGUCCCUUUGCCUAAAAAGACAAUCACUAUUGAGGAAGUGGAGCUACCAGAAAAAGAACGAGAAAUCUACGACUUGAUAUUUACCCGGGCAAAACGAACUUACAACGACAAUGUCGUAGCUGGCACACUGUUGAAGUCUUAUAGCACAAUCUUUGCUCAAAUUCUCCGACUUCGUCAGACCUGCUGCCACCCUAUAAUGACACGCAACAAAGACAUCGUUGCAGAAGAAGAGAGCGCGGCGGUAGCAGCUAAUGCGCUCAAUGAGUUUCAGGACGAUAUGGAUCUUCAAGAUUUGAUCAACCAAUUUACGACAGAAAAAGCGAAUGCCGAGUCCCAAGAUACCCCCGGGACCAUGGUUAAGUUCACUGCCCAUGCUCUCCGACAGAUCCAAACCGAGUCCAGUGGCGAGUGCCCUAUCUGUUGUGAAGAGCCUAUGAUCGAUCCAGCAGUAACUGCCUGCUGGCAUAGUGCAUGUAAGAAAUGCCUCGAAGACUUCUUGCAACACCAAAUGAACAAGGGCGUCGAGGCACGGUGCUUCAACUGCCGUGCUCCGGUAGACCCAAAGAAUACCUUCGAAGUAGUACGACAUGUGUCCUCGAAUUCAAUUUCUUUCACAGACGACACUGUGAGCAGCACUCCGCCAACCAGCUCUCAGCCUGCCCCACGAAUCUCCCUCCGUCGCAUAUACCCCCUCUCUCCAUCCGCCCACACUUCAGCCAAAAUCCAGGCCCUUAUUAAUCACCUCGGACGCGUCCCUGCAAAUACAAAAUCCGUUGUCUUCUCCCAAUUUACCUCUUUCCUAGACCUGAUCGGUCCACAGCUCGCCCGAGUCGGAAUCUCAUAUCUCCGCCUAGAUGGCUCAAUGCCCCAGAAGGCCCGUGCGGCCGUUCUAGCUGAGUUUACAAAAGCGGAGAGCUUUACCGACGAUGACAUCGUCGACAUGGAAGAUGAUACCCCAGGGAGAAGCGGGCCUGCAAAGACUAGCCCUCCCUCGCCUUCAACCCCAGCCCCUACAGUUCUGCUCAUUUCCCUACGUGCCGGCGGUGUAGGCCUAAACCUGACAACCGCAAGCAAUGUCUUCGUGAUGGAUCCAUGGUGGAGUUUCGCAAUCGAAGCGCAGGCUAUAGAUCGCGUUCAUCGGAUGGGCCAGACACGCGAUGUCAAUGUGACACGUUUCGUGGUCAAGGAUUCUAUAGAAGGUCGCAUGUUGCGCGUGCAGGAGCGUAAAAUGAACAUUGCUGGCUCGCUGGGAUUGAAGAUUGGUGGCGAUGAUGGUGAUUCGGAUAAGGGGAAAGAGAGACUAGAAGAGUUGAAGAUGUUGUUCGAGUGA